AUGGCAAUUAUUUGCCAAUAUCGUACAUGGCGUAAAUCACAAUUAAUGAUGAUAAGUAAAAACAUCGAUACAAAUAGCUGGUUGGAAUAUAAAUUGGAUCGAACAAAACUGGCUAAACAUGAUAGUUUUCGAUUCUCAUCAAAUAAUAUCAAUAAUAAUAUGCAACAAAAACGAGAAAAAUUACCGUCAAUCGAACAUAAUCAUCAAUUGUCAUCAUCAUCCACAUCAUCAUCAUCAUCAACAUCGGCAAUGAAUAAUCGUCAACGACAAAGAAAAGAUCCGAACCGUUUUUCAAAUAAUAAAUCAAUGUCUAAUCUACAAUCAAUGAAAAAUAAUAGUUUCAUACAACUAAAUGAUCGAAAUCAUUCCGCUACCGUAACAGCUAAGAAUCCAUUAUACAUGGAACAUAAUACAUCAUCAGAUGAAAUAAUAAUGGAUAAUAAUAAUGUGACCAAAUUCGAUGGCCAUCAAAUACCGAUAUUUCGAUCACAAUCAUAUCAUAAUAUAACAACACCUUGCAUCAAUGCUAUUGCCAAAAAUCAACGAUUAAUCAAUGAAAUUGAUUAUUAUCCACGACGAUCAUGUUGUUCAACAUUUCAGAAACCAUUAUUAACAGAUAAUGAUCAUCAAAAUAAUCAUGAUCAUCAUCAUUUAAUAUAAUUCACCAUUUUUUUAAAUGCAUUUGCAGUAAUAGUUUUUUCCAGAAUUUAUUUACAAUAU